CAACGCUUGCUCAUUGGCCAUUGAACCAAGUGCCACUAUGAUUUUGAGUUGUCAAUUCAAAGUUGUCAAAUAUUUAUCUGCUGUUGUUAUCACAUUGAUAAACCGAGAAAAUACAAUGAAAUAAAAUAGAUCCAGUUCAUUUAGAUUAUUGCUGUGAAAAUUGCAAAGCCUCUUUUAUUUGGUUUAAAUAAUUAUGUGUUCCCGGAAUUGAUUUAAAACGAAAAAUGGAACACAAUAGUGCCGAUAGUUCUCCUAAUUCGCCUUCAAAGAAAUUUCCUGAAAUCACCGAUUAUUUGUUGGACCUUCCAGCAUGGAGUGUAGACAGCCUGAAAGCUAUAGCCAUUCAGCAGCGAUUACCACGCCCACGGAGCCUAGCCUGGGCCAUACUGCUGAAUGCCUUACCUCCACCAAACAUGGAUAUUGUAUCCAGUUUGAAAGCUCAUAGGAAUUUCUAUGAUGACUUGAGUGUGAAGCUAUCAAUGGACCCAAGAGCUGUGAUAGGAGACGAUCCACUCUCACAGGAUGAUGAGAGCGUGUGGAAACAGCAUUUCUGUGAUAACGAGCUGAAAACGCUAAUACUUCAGGAUGUGGUCAGGACAUUUCCUGAGGAGCAGUAUUUUAGAGGAAAAGAUGUGCAGGAUCUUAUGGUGCGUAUCCUAUUCUUCUGGGCGCGUUCGCACGCUAACGUGGGUUACAGGCAGGGCAUGCACGAGAUCCUAGCGCCUGUGUUGUUCGAACUGCAUCUCGAUAGGAAAUAUGCACCUGAUGAUUUAGGGGACAAGUUAAAGUAUAUAUUGAAAGAAGACUGUUUAGAACAUGAUAGCUACAUGCUUUUCAGUGCAAUAAUGAAAGGCUUAGAACGAUUCUACACGACGGGUGAUAUUGUACCUACGUCUUGUGGUAGACUACCCACUUCCAAAAUGUCUCACAACCCUAAUGAAGUGAUAAGAUAUUUGGAUAAAGUGAGGGAGGAAUUCUUAGUGCCUCUGGACCUCGAAUUAUCUUUACAUUUAGUUGAAUGCAAUAUAUCUAUGGAGCUGUUUGGAAUUCGGUGGUUAAGACUACUAUUUGGCCGCGAGUUCCCUCGGUCAGAGAUCCCCAACCUAUGGGGAUUUCUGUUCGCCGACGGACCGAUGUUCCCGAACUUACAUUACGUCAUCGUCGCCAUGUUGGUUUCUAUGCGGAAUACAUUGUUAGACCCGGACCCUGGCGUGAUACUAUCAGCUCUGAUGCGUCCGUCGUGCCUGUGCGUGGGCUACGUGUGUGCGCUCGCCCUGCACCUGCGGGCGCCGCUAGAGUUCCCGCGCCCGCCCAUCAGACAAGAGAACAGUAACCACAACAACAAUACGGAAUCCCAAACACUAAAACCUUGGAGCAGCAUCGAGCACAUAAACACGGACGGCGACUCCGGGUCGGAGGGAGUGGCGGAGGGGGCCGACGUGGCGCGAGAGCUCGCCGCACUCGCACUGCUGCGAGCACAGCUCCCACGCGCCGCCGCCGCACUCGCACGUGCCCUGCCGCGCCCGCCGCCGCACGUGCAGCAGCCGCUGCAGCAGAUACUGCAGCUUGCGGCCCUUCUCCAAUGCCGCAACCACGCCUUAAUAGACGUCGAAACAGCUCUCGAAGCAGCUGAAGGUCAACAAACUACUGAAAAGAUCGGUCGCCGUCAACUUGUCCCCGUCGCCAUGAUAACGAAGCAAGGACAACAAAAACAGGUAAUAAAACCUCUAAACAAAGUAAAGGAGGUCCCACUCAAAGUGUUCCACCAAGGAGAAUGUGUUGCCAGUGAUCUACCCUUUAUGGAUCCUUUAAGGUUAAGGACAGAGUGACUAAGGACAAAACUUAUGUUGUACAGCUAUUAUCAUUGAUUUUAGGGUCUCUUUAAUAUAAUAGUUUUGAUUUUAAGUCAUUCUCAAUGUUGGUUUAUGAAUGGAUUUUUAACAAAGUACAUUUUCAUUUACAACAAAAUUGUUCUAAGUUUUGCUCAUUAAAAUGGUUUCUUUACCACUAAGAUUACUCUGACAUCGAAAGAGGGUGUCUCGAAUUUGUCUUGUCAGCUAAUUAGUUUCGAAUUUUAUUUUUUUAUUUUGUUAUAAAUUCUUAAAGUUUAUGAAUACGUAUUUCUUUUAAAAAGUUUUAAUUUUCAUAGAAAAUUUAGUUUUAAUUAGAUUUUUAGACUAGUCAGGUCACAAAAUAGUAGUAAGUCUAAGCUUUGGCGAAAAUAAUUUUUAAAGUUUAAGUUUAUUAUUGUUAUAAAAAGCUGCGUAUCAUGCAUUUAAUUUUGCACUCGUUUGUCUACCAAUGUGAUUAUAGUAGAUUUAAGAAAAUAUCUUAUUAAUACUCUGUGGAUAUGCAAAUGUUUAUAUGGAUCUGUGGUUCAGGGAAAAUGGUGUGACCAAUUAAAUAUUAAUUGGGUU